UCUCUCACAGGGGAUCUGGCUUCAGAUGAUGAGCUGCUGGAAAUCUCAUCCAUCUCCAGACAGAGGGCCGGGGUGUACCAAUGCACGGCAGUCAAUGAUAUCGACACAGACGUACAGACUGUAGACAUCACCGUCAACUACGCUCCGAGCGUUUCAGACGGCAGAGAUGCUGGAGUGACUCUGGGUCAGAGAGGAGAGCUGGAGUGUGAGGCGGAUGCUGUGCCAGAGGCAGACUUUGAGUGGUACCGAGACAACAGAAGGAUCUUUAACGGUUUUGAUGGCAUGGAGAUCGUCAGCAGCGGCUCCCUGUCUAAGCUCACCUUCUAUAACGUCACCGAUGGGGAUUAUGGGAACUACACGUGCGUCGCCAUCAACAAGCUGGGCAGCUCAAACACCAGCUUCCUUUUGUAUGCGGUAAUUCAGCCCACUAGCUCCACACUGUUACAAGGACCGAGGGCAGUCCAGGACGGCAGCGGAGGCGCCAAGGUCGUCCAUUUUCACACCUGUCUCCUCCUCAUGGCAUUUCUGCCCUUCCUGCUGCGUUUUUAAAGAGGACUGGAUUUGAAAACUAAUGUUUGGUUUUGGGGUGUGUGUGUUUGAGUGUGUGCGCACCUUUUUUUCUUUCCUACCAGAAACUUUAACUGAUGCACAACAGAUGAUCCUGCUAAGCACUGAUUUUACCCACUUAGUUCUGGUUGUUUCUCUCUUUUAUUUUAACUGAACUUUUUCAAUAUUUUUGUCUAAAUUAUAUAAGUUUGUGUUUUUAACUGUUAUUGAAAUGUCUCUAUUUUAUUGCAGUGGUUCUUUUAUCUUUAAUCCCAUUGAAUAUUAUUCUCAGCUGCAUUAAAAUGCAAAUGUCCAGCCGGUGUGAGAGGUGAACGAUAAAUACCUCAAAGUGACAGAGUGGAGCUGAGAGCCAGACUUUAUCUUAUUAUAACGUAUAAAUAUCAUCAUUCAAUCUGUUUGUUGCAACCAGAACUGUUUUUGACUUUAAAGUAUUUUUUCUUCUCAGCGUCGAUAUAUUAUUAUAAUAAAAUGGGAGUUGUGUAUUGCUAAUCUUUAUUUUUUUCGUUUUCUGAGAAUAUUUAGUCUUGAAUAUGUUGAACAUGAGAAAACAUGGAGUUGUAAUUAUUUCCAUCAUGGAUUCUUUGUUGUCUUUUCUUCUCCUCCAGUAUAACCUGUACACACAAGUGUUAAGUAUGUUCAUAAUAGUAUGAAGUAUUUAGAAAUGGUGACAGAGUUUAUUUCAUUUUUUUUUGCAAUGAUCAUUUCUGGAUGCUUAAUGUUUUACCUCAUGUCAUUUUUACAUAAUGAAAAAAUAAAGUGAACUUGUUCAUGUUAAAAAAGAA